AUGUCAUUCCAAAACAAAAAUUUAUAUGAUUUGUUAGGUAACGACGUUGAAGAAGAUUCUGGAGCUCAAUUACCAGUUAAAGAAGUUGUUAAAAAAAACACUUCAUCAAAAAAAGCUGAUGUUGCUCCACCUUCAGCUGAUCCAACUAAAGCUAAAAAAAAAUCAAAACCAACUGGUAAUGAAGGUGCUUUAAAAACUCAAAUCAAUAAUAAGGAAACUCAACCACCACAAUCAACUGCUACUAAACAUCAAAAAAAACCAUUUGAUCGUCAUUCAAGAUCUGGUAAAACUGAUUCUCAAAAGAAAUUAAAACAAGGUUGGGGUGAUAGUGAUAAUAGAGAAUUAGAAGGUGAAGUUGAAGGUACUCAAGAUGCUAUUGCUGAAUUAGAUGAAGAAUCAACAGAAGAUUCAGAAAAAAUUGAUGAAACUCCAAAAAAAUCAUUACAAGAAUAUCUUGCUGAACAACAACAAAAACAACAAGAUUUAGCUGGUGCCAAAAAAUUAAGACAAGCUAAUCAAGGUGCUGAAGAAAAAUGGACUUCAGAAGAAAAAAUUGAAAGACAUCAAGAAGAAUUUUUUGCUUCAACUCAUCAAAAGAAAAGUAAAUCCAAAACUCCAAAAGAAAAAGUUUUCUUAGAUAUUGAAGCUACUUUCUCAGAUGAACAACCACAAGAAUCAUCAAGAGGUGGAUUUAGAGGUGGUAGAGGUGGUAACAGAGGUAGAGGUGGAAACAGGGGUGGAAGCAGAGGUGGAUUUAGAGGUAAUAAUGAAAAAAGAGGUAAUUUCAAAGGAGGUAAAUCAUUCAAUGAAAAAGAUUUCCCAUCUUUGUAA